AUGAAAGUCUACCGAAAAAUACUAAUUCAAAAGUGUGGUCAAACAACAUCGAAUAAUUACAAGUCUUCAGAUCAUAAUGGAACCAAAAAUGUUGAAAUAAAAACUAACGUGAUUAUAAGUACAGAUAAAAAUGAAAAGGUUUUGGAAGAUUUAAACGUGCCAAAUAUCCAAACCAAAGAAAAUGGAAAUUGUGUAAUCAAAGAAGUUGACGAAAAUCUGUUCAAUUUACCUAGAAACAUUGCUCUAGCCCAUUGUAUUGCAGAAGAUUUACGUAUGGAAAGAGGAGUCGCGGUUCAAUUCAAACGUUAUUUUGGAGGCAUUGGUCAACUUAUGGACCAAAAACUUACCGUAGGCGAUGUUGGAGUGGUGGUUAAAAACGAAACAGAAUAUGCUUUUUAUCUGGUGACAAAAAAUUAUUGUAACGGCACGUCGACAAUGUUAUCAUUGUCACAUGCAUUAAAGUCGCUUGUAGAAAAAAUGCAAGAAAGGAAAAUAAUCAAACUAGGCAUUCCUCAAAUUGGCUGUGGAACAGAUGGAUUGGAGUGGUCAAAAGUUAAACCACUUAUUGAAGAUAUUUUUGCCGGAUCCGGAAUUGAAAUAACUGUUUGUGUACCAACAAAAAUAUUCUAUCGUCCAUCACCACCUCAAAUGAAAGUGUAUAUAACACCUAGGAAACUAUUGGAAAUUAAUAACAAGCUAAGUGACUUAUUAUUACUGAUUGAUAUUGAACAAAUAAAAUCAAAUCAUUUGAAAAAUGGCUUGGUAGAUGCUGUAAACUUAGAAUAUCCUUCUUUCAAAGAAAAAUUAAUGAAGGACAUUAAAACUAAAGCAUUGAAGCCUGGUGACGUUACCUCUUAUUUUAUAAAGAAAGAAAAUAUACACUGUUUAUUCACUAGUCAGUCAGCAUAUUACAGUUCACUAGAAAAAGGAUUUUUAACAAUAAAAAACUACGUAAGGAGAACUUAUAGGAACUUUGCCAUUCAGAGUGGUCCCAUAAAACCAACUGCAUACUUUAAGCACAUAUCAAGAAUUGUGUUAUUGUUGCGUUCAAUAAUUUAUGGAUCAGAAUUAUGGUUAUGCGGUGAUAGUGAUCAGACCAACGAAAAAGAAGUGUACGAGCACUAUUGUAAACAAGUUUUUGAGGAAAUUAGACUUUCAACAAAGUCAAAAGAUAGAAAUAAUCUUCAGAUAGGCAAAAGAAAUAAUCCACCGAAAAUUAAUUUGCAAAGAAAAUAA